CAAAUUCACGUUACAUUUGUUGGUGAAUUUAUUUGAUGAGGGCUUAGCCUGCAAUACUACUCGGCAGCCAUGCGGGUGGACGAAGAACUGGGAGCGGCAUUUCCGAACACAGACAGCACCGGUGCAAUAAAUUCGAUGGGAACCCUGAAGGAAAAACAGCAGGAGCAAAUAAAAAACAAGAAAAUGGUAAAGCAGGGCGAGGGUUUGCGUCAAUAUUAUAUGCAGCAUAUUCACGACCUUCAACUUCAGGUUCGGCAAAAGACGCACAAUCUCAAUCGCCUCGAGGCUCAGCGCAAUGAUCUUAAUUCCAAAGUAAGGGCGCUGAGGGAAGAGUUGCAGUUGCUACAGGAGCCGGGAUCAUAUGUAGGUGAAGUUGUUAAAGUUAUGGGAAAGUCUAAAGUUUUGGUGAAGGUACAUCCAGAAGGAAAAUAUGUAGUCGAUAUUGACAAGAAUAUUGACAUAACAAAAAUCACACCUUCCACACGAGUAGCUCUUCGUAAUGAUAGUUAUGUUCUUCACUUGAUUUUGCCUAGCAAAGUAGAUCCUUUAGUGAAUCUGAUGAAGGUGGAGAAAGUGCCAGAUUCCACUUAUGAUAUGAUUGGAGGUCUUGAUCAACAGAUUAAGGAAAUCAAAGAGGUUAUUGAACUUCCCAUCAAGCAUCCAGAACUAUUUGAGAGUCUUGGAAUUGCACAACCAAAGGGUGUACUUCUGUAUGGACCUCCUGGAACAGGAAAGACUUUGCUGGCAAGGGCAGUUGCACAUCAUACAGACUGCACUUUUAUCAGAGUUUCUGGUUCUGAAUUGGUUCAGAAAUACAUAGGAGAAGGAUCAAGGAUGGUUCGUGAGCUUUUUGUCAUGGCAAGAGAACAUGCCCCAUCCAUAAUCUUUAUGGAUGAGAUUGACAGUAUAGGGUCUGCUCGUAUGGAGUCUGGAUCUGGCAAUGGCGACAGCGAAGUCCAGAGAACUAUGCUUGAGCUACUUAAUCAGCUUGAUGGGUUUGAGGCAUCUAACAAGAUUAAGGUUCUGAUGGCUACCAACCGAAUAGACAUUCUUGAUCAAGCACUUCUUCGACCUGGUCGAAUUGACAGGAAAAUUGAGUUUCCUAAUCCUAAUGAAGAGUCUCGUUGGGAUAUUUUGAAAAUCCAUUCAAGAAAGAUGAACCUGAUGCGUGGCAUUGAUCUAAAGAAAAUUGCAGAAAAGAUGAAUGGUGCAUCUGGUGCUGAGCUUAAGGCUGUCUGCACAGAAGCAGGAAUGUUUGCACUGCGAGAAAGACGGGUGCAUGUGACACAGGAGGAUUUUGAAAUGGCUGUUGCCAAGGUUAUGAAAAAGGAAACAGAGAAGAACAUGUCUUUGAGGAAAUUAUGGAAAUGAGUGGAAGAAUCAUUUAUCUCCACAGCUACCAGUACUCCAGUUCAAUGUUGCAGUUAUUGGUUCCAUAUUUCAAGUUACAAAUGUAUUAACAGUGAAACCAUUGAGCACGCAGAGUCAUUUAUCUUAUUUUCCAGGCAACAUGGAAAUUAUUGGAUAGUUUUCAUUCUUGAAGGAAUUAAGUGCUUUGAAUAUGCUUUCUGUGCUGCAAGAAAAUGUAUUUGGCUAUUUCAGAGGAUGUUUUCAUGCUAAAAGGAAACUUAUUAAAUCUGUAUAACAGUUCUGAUAUGAAUAACAUUUACCAAAGAGCACGAGGUUGUAUUUUUUA